GCUAUUUCGCCGCUCGAUUGACUAUUACGCUUUUUUUUAGAGCCAUUCUUUUGAAGCUUCCCUUUGAUUGGCUGAAUCUAAUGGAAAUAGAAAAAGCUUAUUGAGAUUUUUUUAAUAAUUUGAAAAAAGUUCAUUUUUACUUAAUCAAAAUUCUAAAAUAAUGGAAGAUAUAAAAAUUCGAGAAUUACGACGAGAAGAUUGUGUUUCUCUCAGAAAGUUAAUGCAGGAAUUAGCAGAUUUUCAAGAAAUGCCAGAUGCUAUAGAACUUAAUUCUGAAGAUUUACAGAAAUAUGCAUUUGGAGAAAAUCCACGUUUCUAUGCAUUUGUUGCUGAAUUCAACGGAGAUUUAGUUGGACAUGCAAUUUAUUAUGAUACAUUUUCAAGCUGGCGUGGAAAGUGUAUGUUUCUUGAUGAACUUUAUGUCAAAUCAGAGUUUAGAAAUAAAGGAAUUGGUUCUUUAUUAUAUGAUGCUGUAAAAAAAAGAGCCAAAAGUGAGGGUUGUGCUCGACUUCAAUUUCUGACUUUGAAAUCUAACCCUGCCAAAGAAUUUUAUAAACGUAGAGGUGCAGUUAAUGUAACUGAAAAAAUACAAUGGGAAUUGUAUGAAGUUGAUAAAAAUAAUUUGUAAUAUUUUUUGAUUUUUUACUAUUAUAUAUUUUUAUAUAAAAAAACUUUUUACGUUA